AUGUUCUCUCUUAUUAUUUCUCCGUUUACCUGUGCAGCGAGGAUUGGCCUGGGUGUGAAUGUGUCUGCAUGCCCUAGCGUUUGCAAGUGCUCUCCUGAUGACACCAUACACUGUAACAAAGCCGGACUGAGAGCUCUUCCUGCAGAAUUAGCAGCAUCUGUCGUUUCUUUAAACCUGUCUAACAAUUUGUUAAGGAUUCUUACUGCCAACACCUUCCGAAAUCUGACUUUCCUCCACAGCCUCUGGCUGGAUCGCAAUAACCUCACCUUCCUAUACCCAGGAACCUUUAGUGUCUUCAGCAAUUUACAGGAGCUGGAUCUCAGCUGGAAUUCACGCUUGACACUGCAUGCUAAUACUUUCAGGGGACUCUCCAACCUCAUCAACCUGGAUUUAUCUAGCUGCAAUAUCUUCAAAAUCCACCCACUGGUGUUUUUGUAUUUGCUCUCCUUACAGGUACUUGACCUAACAUCCAAUAACCUGUGUUACAUCCCGCAAGCCUUCAGAAGCCUGUCCAGCCUCACGAGACUGUCUUUGGAAAGAAACCACAUCGAAGCCAUAGGCCGAGAUUCUCUGAAGGAUCUGAAAGCCCUGUACGAGCUGAACCUCUGGAAGAAUCGGAUCUGGAUGAUUCAGAACGAUGCCUUCGCAAUGCUAAACAGGCUGGGGGUGUUAGAUUUAGGACACAACCAUAUAUCUGAUUUGCCUAAUAAGCUUUUCAAUGGUCUGAUCCAGCUCAAGACCAUGCAUCUGGAGGCCAGCAGAAUCACCAGAGUCAACUGCUCUUUCAACUGCCUGCUUAACCUGAGAAAGCUGUACCUGAACCAUCACCACAUCUCAUCUAUUUCCCACACUGCCUUCUCCAAUUUAAAGAAGUUGCAAUUCCUUCACUUGAACAAAAACAAUUUAAGUUCCCUUCCCAAGCACUUGUUGGCAGAGCUGCCAAAGCUGAAGUAUGUGUUUCUAUCCCACAACCCCUGGAACUGUGACUGCAAAAUGCUUUGGUUCCCUACCUGGAUAGCAACAUAUGAAGGGGCAGUUGAGGGGAUGCAGUGUGCCUUUACAGUGCUUCACAACCAAACCCUGCUUGACGUCUUCACUCACAGCGAAUUAAUCAGCUGCUCAAUACCACCUGGGCUGGCAAGUGCAGACAAGUGCGAAGAGACUGAUGUCAACACUGCUGGCAUGCCACAUGCUAUUUCUGACAAAUUGCUUUGGAUCACACUUGCCUGGUGUGCUUGGCAUUUGGCAGAGAUACUGGACAAAUCAUUUUCUGGACUUGGAUCAGACAUUUCAGCAUUUUUUCUGUAA